CUUUUUUCAAUUUUAAAUUCGUAACGGCCCAACUUUAAAAUGAGCUACACAAAGUGUUGCCUACUUUUGCGCGCAACACAAAAUUUGCUGCGCACUCAAAAAAGGAGUAGCAUAAGCGACAGGCGCAUUCGAAAUUCGUUUCUUUUGCACACGUCGCUGAUUGGCCAGCGCUUUCGAUAGACAAAUUGCAAUCUGUGUACAUUUCGGGCCAGGAGUUUAAUGUUCACUAACACAUAUGCAAAUUUAUUGUAAGCUAAUUGUGUUUAUUGAGGUUUGCACAUUCCGAACGAAGUGGAAUACACAAAACGAACGCCAGGCAGAGAUGACUUUUGAUCCGAAUGUAUUGCGAUAAGCGUGUGAAAGGCGGCCCCCCCUCAAACACUGUCAAUCAAAAUUGUUUUCAUUUUUUUUUUCCAUUCAAUGAACAUCAUCUCAAUUUAUGCGCAAAUGGCAAAAAAAAAAAAAAAACAAUAAUAAAGUUGAACAGCGUCAGAAUUCUCUGAAAUGGCGUGCGACUUGCUGUGGGGCUUAUCACUUGGGUUAAUGCUUGUUUUCGCUAUGUUGUUGUGGGACGAAAAGCUCGCGGGCUUUUUGUUGUUUUUUUUUUUUUUUUUUUUGAGUUUAGCAAACUGCACGAAAAUAGGCGAAAUGGAAUUAACAAGUGGGCGAUUACUCUUGGGCUUUGUGUGCGUGUUUGUGGAUAUUGGCAUGCUAUAACCGGUUCACAUUUUGCAUAUGUAUACAUGUGUACAUAUGCAUGCACAAGUCCUAAUAAAUCAUUGCUCUUAUACGAAAGAGAUUAAAAAUAAACCGGUCGCUUCAUGCGAAACGGUUUCGAUUCCUGCAUGCAUACUUAAAAGCAUACACAAAUAGCAUUUGCUAUACACAAUUCGUGCAUAUGCAUGUGUGUAUGUGUGUGUUCUUUUUUUGGUGCUGUCAUGUGUGUGUGUAUACGUCGCGCGCCGAACCAAGCGGGCAGACUGCUACUUUUGAUAUUACCCACCCGACGUUCAAAGCAAACAGACGCAACACUGGCUGCGACCGGCGAGCGGAGAACCAACAAGAGAGUGAGAAAGAGAGAGAGAGAGAGAGAGAGAAAGAGUGCGCGCGCGCCAAAAUCAAAACUUGUGUGAGCAAAAGAGAGAGAAGAGAUUGUGAGGAAACCGUAAGACAUUAAAGGAAAGCACGCGCGUCAUUCAGAAAAACGUGUUAAAGCUAGCAAGAAAGAACAAAUAAGAAAACGGCUUAAUCAAGCAAAAUUAUAUAAAGCACAUAAAACAGAAAUGGCCGAUUCCCCAAGUGAUUUGGAUACUAUUGUCGAUGUUGUGGUGCCCGUGGUGUUCAUAAUAGCAUUAUGUGUUAUCAACUGUUUUGUGCUGCUAUACAUACUGCGUAAACGGCGCGAAUAUGCAAAUUUGGCCGAGCAAAAGGCGGCAGACGCAUGUGGUGCUGCAUACGAUGAGCCCACAACUUCAGCGGCCGCAGUAGCAGCGCCCGCUGCUGCGACAAACAGCGCAGCAGCUGAUGACAGCUGCUGCACCAUUGAAAUGGAGCGACUGUAGCGGUGCGCCAGUGUUGCCUUAGCGUUAAAUUUAAAUUUAGUACAAAAAUAGUCUUAACGGAUACUCAGCGUCAUGUGUGGCAUUUGCUGUAUUAACAGAAAAUCUAUUGACAAAUUGAAAAGUAACAAGAAAAAACAAACAAACAAAACGCAGUGCAAGCCAAACAAAAACUAAACUAGCAGCAUUAAAAUGAAAAAAAAAAACAACUAUUCAGUCAACGAAUCAAUAAAAAAGCUGUAUAUUCAGACUUAAGUCUACAUUUAUAUAUAUAUUUGUAGCUUUAAGCGCAUGUGCAUUUAAUUACUGUUCCUACGUUUUGUUUAUUAACUUUUUACGGAGCCAGGGCGACGCCUUUUUUUUGAAAAUGUGUAAAUUUUUUAAAUAAACGUACAAAAAUUUUAUUUCCAAAUGCGAAAAAUCAAUAAAGUA